AUGCCCGUGCCUAUGCCAUGGCCUCCUUGGCCGCCGCCCUCGAGAUGCAGCAGCAGCAGCAGCAGGAUCAAGUCCAGGUCCAGUCGCAUCCGAGCUCCAGCUCCGCCUAUGCCCGCGAUGCCGCCGACGAGGAGGUGGAGCUAUAUGCCAGCUUUGACAACACACCGAGCACCAGUCGAGUGGCCGCCCAGAUGCAGGCCGCCAAGGAGGCGCGCCGGAAGCGCUGGCAGGCGGACGGAGCCAGCGGCAGCAGCGGGGACGGCGGCUGUGCUAGCGGCAGUAGCGGCAGCGGGCGGCGUUACUAAUCGGGAUGGGAAAAAACAGAAUCAAACGAAUAUAUCAAAACCAGCGGCACAUGAAAUUUCCAUAGUUUGGAACCCCAAGAAGCCCCAGAACACCUGA